UGUAAAGUCAAAUUUGAAGAUUUAUGUUAGAAGACAGCUAGUAGAAGAAGCUAUCCCUUUAGAAUGACAGGUUAUAAAUGUGUAUUAUUUGAAAAAGGUAUUUUAAGCAUUUUAUAAAUGAUGAUUUGUACAUUAUUAAUUCAACAAUGACAGCCUGUAUCUGAAAUAAUGUUCCCUGCACAUGUGUAAUUUAUUAUAUUUGGACGAUGCAAUCCUUUCAAGUAUGGGCCUGAAAAUCUUUUAUAAAACAUAAAAUAGCACAAAACUCCAAAAUGAGUGUACAGUCUUUAUUUAAACGUCAGAAACAUACAACUAGUAAGACUUCAAGAAAAACUGCAGAGUAUAACAAAAACAAAUGAUUAAAAGUUACAAAAAAUAAACCUACAUACAACACCAUCAAUAGGAAAAUUACAAGUCACUAGUAACAGCGUUGGAUCAAUAAAACUGUAAAGCUUUCAGUACAUGUUCAGUACAAUCUGGCAGCUUUAAGAGCAAAUCAUUGUCCCUAUAAGGCUCCAUUUCAAGCUGAGGGGAAAAAAACCCUGUCUAAUAAACAAUAAAACGUGCUUGUAUGACUUACAGGGUGAAACUCGAAGCUUCACAUAUGCGUAAAAAGGUGGUCUGUAAAUGUGUCCUAGAAUGUCCACACGCACACAGCCCUUUAUCAAUAAACAGAGAACAAUUCUUGAAAUAUUUGUCGCCGAGCAGAGAGAGAGAAAGAGAGAGAGGGUGAGACAGCUGUCCUGCGGAAAAGAGGCCAAUCCCCUGUGUGGAAUAUUCCAGUCUGUCAGCGGUAAACUGAGCGGCGCUGCCGAACGGGGACUUUUUUUCUCCCUGCUUUUUUCUGUAAAAUACAAGGCUAUAAAUACCUUCACUGGUGGGUUUCGACACAAAACUGUCCACUAAAGUGACAUUUUCACUGCUCCGAACACAAAACUAUUAAAUAAAUGCGCAGUUAACAGGCCUCUGAACCACAGCCGGGUUUUUGUGCCCUGCUAUUUAUCUUGCAGGCAACUCCAUCGCAUUGAAAAAGGCAACAUUAACCUUGAAAUGCACCUGGAGACCCCCCUCCGUUGCGCAAGCGAAUCCAGACCCUCCCACCUAUAAUUUAACUCUUUCCCCGAAGUUAACUGUAAGAACCCUUUCUUAUUUGUUUCCACUAUCUGGUCUGCGGCGCUUUAAACUCGCCGUGCUGGUCGCUCGCUGAUCCGCCGGAUUCUGCCUUGAAGCACCCUUCACCUAGAUACAACACAAACAGGGACUUGCCGCAGCGGAUUCCCGUUGACCUUAUAUGGCAGUGUGUGUGGGGGUUGUUGUUGCAAAGCUCUCGCGCUCUCAUGGCAACCAUCCAGUUCUCGGAUUACAAGUCAGCCUAGCAACUGCCAGCCUGAAUACGCUUUUAUGAUCAAAGUUUCACCCCCUCUCACGGAGAGUCCACCAUUUAUUCUCUCUUUUUUUUUGUUUAACUAAACAGCAUUUGGACGAUAACCACAUUCGUUACAGUCGUCUCAUUUGGUUCUUAGUGCCGAAAACAUAGAAGGAAGUGUUCCGACGAAAAAAAUAAGGGCGCUUUCCAGAGCCUCACCCAGUUAUGGCGCAGCAACAUUUCACAGCACAGUGCUCCUUUUGUCUGUUAAGAAGCCAUUUUGAGACAAGAGAACUGAGCAAGAGCAGUCUCCUGACCACCAAAAGGUUUAUUUGGAUGUAAGAAAUCAGUAGAAAAACACAAGAUUUCCUCCCCAUAAGAUUGAUUUUUGCUCGUUUAAGACUUGGAUUACAUAUUUUGAAUAUCAACUGUAAGUUUGCUGUAUCAUUAAAAAUGUGAGCUACAGCAGUUUUUCCUAUAAUCGUUUUGUCAAGUUUUAAACGUCUGUGGCUAAUAUGUUCACGUAUAAGCAAUUAAAAAAUUAGGUUAAAUAGCUAAAAAAAAAAAAUCCGUUACCUUAUUAAAACAUUUCCAUGUAGGUUUAAAUGAUGUAGCUCAGUUAGAAAUGUCGAAAAUGGACGAGGUUAUACUCGACUGCAAUCCUGUCUUGAGGAGAAGAGAUGGUUUUGCAUAUUGCCCACACAGAUGAUGCUUGAAGAUGCAUUUUCGCUGGCUGUCAGAUGGGGUAUGCUUGUCAGUGAUGAGAGGGAGGAAAAAAAAAGACUUUUUGAAAAGAGGUCUAACUGUCGUGCUAAUGGAAUUCCUUCCUUUUCAGGAGACGCAUUCCCACCCCCCUAUUAAAGCCAUUAUUAGAGGAUCCGAAGAUGGGGCUGAAAACAUCCCUCCUGUCCCUGCGUUUAGGCCUGUUAACUGCAUUCACCAAAGUGUUGAGGUUUGGCGAACGGCAUGGACAGUCAUCCCGUCUGCGGCUCGGCGGAGAAGCGGAAUCACCACUGGAGAAGUUACAAGUUGAUCAUCGACCCGGCUCUCAAGAAGGGAUCCCACAAACUCUAUCGCUACGAUGGGCAGACUUUCAGCAUGCCCAACCCAGGGAUACCGCCGGUGGACCUGGUCCGUGACCCGAGGAUCGGACGUCUCUGGACAAAGUACAAAGAGACAGACCUACCUGUGCCUAAAUUCAAGAUCGAUGAAUUUUAUGUGGGCCCCGUGCCUCCAAAGGAGGUGACGUUCGCCAGGCUGAACGACAACAUCAGGGAGGGAUUUCUCACGGACAUGUGCAAAAAGUUUGGAGAUAUCGAGGAGGUCGAGAUCCUGUACAACCCGAAGAAUAAGAAGCACCUGGGAAUAGCUAAAGUUGUUUUUGAGAGCGUGAAAUCCGCCAAGGUUGCUGUUCAGUCACUGCACAACACGUCCGUGAUGGGAAACAUUAUCCACGUGGAGUUGGACCCGAAAGGUGAGAAUCGCCUCAGGUACUUUCAGCUCCUGAUGAAUGGCAGCUACACACCGCGGACGCUGCCUGUUGGCGGAGAGGAAAACAGGGAAGUUUCCCCUCGGAGUCUUGCAGAGGCAUUACUGGCCUGUGAACCCAUUCGCAGGUUGUCAGAGAGCAGCAUGUCUAUAGGAGGAGUGCUGCCACCCAGCAGCUCCACCACUCCCCUCAGCCUGGAGACGGGUUACUCCAGUAUAAGGCAGGACACCCCCCAGUCCCAGGGAACCCCUCACACCCCUCGCCAGCCGGGUACGCCCUUCUCUCAGGACUCCAGUUACUCCAGCCGGCAGUCCACGCCUGCGUAUCAGUCGAGCCGUCCCGAGAGCUCUGGAGGCUACAAGUCCCGCAGGCACGAGAGCAAGUUCCAGGACGCGUACAACCGCCGGCCGGAGAGGCCUCAGUACCGCAGCAACAUGUAUCGGAAUACACCGUCUGAUCAAGCUUCCUUCAAGCAGCACCAGCUGACGCCGCCUGAACCUCCACCUUCAACCCCUUCCUUCAACUACACAGCGCCUCUUCCCGCUACACCCAACUUUAAGUCCGCAUUCUCGCCCUACCAAGCCGCUUUGCCGCCUGCGUUCCCCCCGUCAGAGUCGCCGUACCAUCACCCGGCUCAAAGGGAGGGCGAGUACCUCCGACCGCCGCAGCCGCCUCCGACGGCCCCGACGGACGUCUUGCCCGUAAAGGAAAGGCCGGAGACGCCUCCAAUCCCGGAGCCGCCGCCGGAACCGGUUCCCCAACCCGCCACUCCUCCCCCUCAAACGCCAGAGCGCUGCCCGUCGCCCGGCUCCCCAGCACUGGAUCCGGAACGCAACAGCCUGGACUCGCGUAUUGAGAUGCUCCUCAAGGAAAAAAGGACAAAGCUGCUGCCGUUUCUGGAGGAGCGGGAUUCGGACAACGAGGUGCGAAUGGAAGGUAGCCCCAUUUCAUCCUCGUCCUCACAGCUGUCCCCGAUCCCACCCUUCGCGGGCGGCCAGCAGAACUCUCGGCCGUCCAGCACGGGCUUGGAGGACAUCAGCCCGACCCCGCUGCCGGACUCCGACGACGAAGUGCCGAUUCCCGGAACCGCUUCGCUGAUCAAGAGAAUCGGCUCUCCCGUCAACGAAAAGAUGGGAAAGGGCGACGUCAAAGACGGAGGCCACAGUCCCACUGAGAAAAUGGACCCGGCUCAUCAGUCAUCGGGAGAAGACAUGGAAAUCUCCGACGACGAGAUGCCGGGAGCAACCAGCGGGGAAUGCGCUAAGGGCAUCGUGGUGAAUUCGGCCGUGUCGCCCAUGCACACCAUGUCCAUGCACCCAGCCAGCUACCACGCCAUGCAGCAUCAAGCCGGCUUCGCCAUCGCCCCUCAGCACCUGGACCCUCACUCCAAUAUGCUGGGGCACCCCGCUCACCUGCGCGGCCACCAUGGCGUGCCUCCCCACAUGAUCCCGCCCAUCGGCCACUAUCAUCAGGACGUGAUCCAGAUGAUGGGGCUCAUGAACUGCGUGCCGUGGGAGCGGUGGAACACGAUGCACAUAUCCUUCCAGAUGCAGCAGCAGAUGCUGAGCCGCAUGACUCAAACCAGGGGGCCGUACUCUUAUCCGCUCUUCAUGGACGGCAGCACCUCGGGGCAGUUUGGCGGGCUCUACCCGCCGUUUUCACUGGACGCCGCUGCUCCGGCGUGCAGCACCGGGGUGCCAGGGCAGCAGUGGCACCAUCCCAGUAUACCACAGUUCAACCCCACGGUUCCUCCGCCGGGGUACGAGACGAAAAAGGAGGACCCCCAUAAAGCCACCGUCGACGGCGUGCUGCUGGUCAUCGUCAAGGAGCUGAAGGCCAUCAUGAAGAGGGACCUCAACCGCAAAAUGGUGGAGGUGGUGGCUUUCAGGGCAUUCGACGAGUGGUGGGAUAAGAAGGAGCAUUCGGCAAAGACAUCUCUGACUCCAGUAAAAGACGCAGAGAGCAAAGAAGAAGAGCGGCCCAAACCCAAAGAGACGAUGGGUUCCAGUCUGCUGGAGAACUGGAACAAAGGAGAAGGGCUCGGCUACGAAGGAAUUGGUCUGGGGAUGGGUUUGCGAGGAGCCAUCCGCUUGCCGUCCUUCAAGGUAAAAAGGAAGGAUCCACCUGAUACAGCAACGGGAGGAGAGAGCAAACGAGCCCGACCGGCCACCCCAGCAGACGACGAACUGGAGGAUGAAGAGAGAGAGAGAGACGCAGCUGAGCUCCCGUCAGACGACUCCAAAGUGGCCGGCGACGGCCCCUCGGCCAAGCGGCGGCCCUCGCGACCGCUCGAGCUGGACAGCGAGGGAGAGGAGGAGAUGGACACCUCGGAGAAGGAGGAGGAGGAAGAGUUGUUGUCCGACGCCGUCGACGAGGAGCGCGAUGAGGACAAGGCUCCAGACAGGCUGUCUUCAGCCAAAGAGAGUGCCGACGACGAAGAUAAAGAUGGAGACUCAUCCAGUGAGAGCGGAUCGUCAGACUCGUCCGACGACGAAGCGGACAGCUCGGCUUCCUCCAAGGCCAGCUCCGACUCCUCGGCCGAAAGCUCCGACUCGUCAGGAGAAAGCUCCGACUCCGAGUACGAGAUGAGCUCGGAGGAGGAGGAGACUGAGGAAGACGUGAAAGCGGUCACAGAGAAGGUGGACGGAAAAGGGGCCGAGACCACAUCGUCUUCCUCCUCGUCCUCAUCCUCGUCAUCCGAUGAGGAGGAGGAGAACAGGGAGCAAGACGUCAAACCAGCGACUCCUCCCACCGUCCAAGUGCGGGAGUUUAAGGAGGAGCAAAGAGAGGAAGAGGAGCGGGGCGGCAAGUUCAAACGCAGACCUCCCAGUCCUCCCGAAGAGGAGACCCCCGAGGAGCCGAAGCCACCGGCGCACCAGGGGAUCAGAGUCAAAGAGGAGAAAGUCUGUGUUGAUGUCAAGCUUGAACCUCAGGACCACGUAGCAGGCCUCCGGCCCCCGACCCCCACCGGCGCCCUCCCUGACGGCGACCAGGAGGUCAAACCCAAAGGUAAAGCAGAGCCUGAGGAAGUGCCCUGCACCCCGACUCAGUUACCUCCCUCCCAUCCUGUCGCACCUGCCCCGAAAUCCGUCUCCACGUCCUCCAUGCACCUCCCUCUCCCCCCUCACCCUGCCAUAGAGAGUCGCUCCCUGCUCCACCCGCCCCCCGGACCCUUGCCCGAGUUCCCUCAGCGACCGCGGCUCCCCACGGACGAGGACAUCCCUCGCACGCCGGGCCGGGACCUGAUGGAGCGCGCCCGCUGUCUGGGGAAAUCCCAGAGCACUGACACGAUCCCCAACACGCCGGGCAGCGACGCCCCUCUGACAGGCAGCAGCUUGAUGCUCAGCUCACCUCACAUCCCCGGGAGCCCCUUCUCCUACCCGUCCCAGUCCCCCGUCCUCAGUGCUGGCGUCCCUCGAACUCCCGGUAGAGACUUAACCUUCACGCCUGUCUUCCCCGAACCUGCAGCCCUGACGCUGAACAGGAAGAGCUUUGACGAGCGGCCCGUUUUCAAGGAGCCGCCGAUCAGUGCUCCUCCGUCACUGGCAGCAGGAACCGAUCACUCGGCCGUCGCGCCUGAAGAUCUGCCGACCGGCGUCUCGGGCGACAUCCCCGUGAUGUCCGACGCCACCGCCUCCAAGAAGAAACCGGGGCGGCCCAAAAUCAAAAAGGCCGCCGCCCCAUCCGCCGGCGACGACUUUUCAUCCGAGUCCACGGACGCGCCCCAGGCGUCGCCUCUGGAGAGCGUCUCCCUAACGACGGUCCGAUCUCCCAAACACACCAGCCUGGACUUCCGGGAAAGAGACGUGGAGCCGCAGACGCUGCUGCCCGCUGAAGACGGCUUCCCCGCAUACGACGAGGAGCCGCCCCCCGUCACCAAGCCGGCUCGCAAGACGCGGCGCUGCUGGGAGGAGCUGCUGCUGGACAGCCUGUCCCCGGUCACCACGCCGCCGCGCGCCUACUUCAAGCCACGCUCCGACUUCGAGGAGAUGACCAUCCUGUACGACAUCUGGAACGAAGGCAUCGACGAGGAGGACAUCCGGCUUCUGCAGAUCACGUACGACAAGAUGCUCCAGCAGGACAACGGCAACGACUGGCUCAACGACACGCUUUGGGUCAACCAUCCUUCGACCCACAUCCCCGUUGUGAAGAAGAAGAGGAGAGACGACGGCAUGCGGGAUCACGCCACCGGCUGCGCCCGGAGCGAGGGAUACUACAAGAUCGACAAGAAGGACAAGGUGAAGUACCUGCAGAGCUCCCGGGUGCAGUCGGAGGAGCCGCCGGUCGACACGCAGGGUAUGAGCAUCCCCGCACAGGUCCACGCGUCCACCAGAGCCGGCUCAGAGCGCCGGUCAGAGCAGCGGCGGCUGCUCUCCUCUUUCGCAUGCGACAGCGACCUGCUCAAGUUCAACCAGCUGAAGUUCCGUAAGAAGAAGAUACGAUUCUGCAAGUCGCACAUCCACGACUGGGGUCUCUUUGCCAUGGAGCCCAUUGCUGCUGAUGAGAUGGUGAUUGAGUACGUGGGGCAAAACAUCCGACAGGUGAUCGCCGACAUGCGGGAGAAGCGCUACGAGGAGGAGGGCAUCGGCAGCAGCUACAUGUUCCGCGUGGACCACGACACCAUCAUCGACGCUACCAAAUGUGGCAACUUUGCCCGUUUCAUCAACCACAGCUGCAACCCUAACUGUUAUGCUAAAGUCAUCACGGUUGAGUCUCAGAAGAAGAUCGUGAUCUACUCCAGGCAGCCGAUCAACGUGAACGAGGAGAUCACGUACGACUACAAGUUUCCCAUCGAGGACGAGAAGAUCCCGUGUCUGUGCGGGGCGGAGAACUGCAGGGGGACGCUCAACUAAUGGACCCGCCUCGCAGCGUGAAGCGACCCGGCGCUUCACGCGGGGUCGAGCUAAGCUACCUGACCUGCACUCUUCAUACAUUAAACUCUAGAUUGUUUACGAUUCAUGGUGCUCUUCAAGUGAAACUGUGUUUGUUAUUUUUCUGCCAGUGUGACUUUUUCUCCCCAGUAUUUCUGCACGACUCCUGCAGCAUCCAAUCCCGGCUCGGCUCGGCUCCGCCCGGCUCGGGGCGGGGCUUUUUAUUUUACACUUUUCUCCUCUCAUUUGUCUCAUAAGCUUUACCCCACAACAACCACUUGUGGUACAAGGAAAAACAAACUCACAUGUUCAGCUGCUCAGUAACACUUUUAAGAUGCCUGAGGUCACUUCGUCUCUGGAGCAGACGAGCGGAAGGCGGAGCGUUCUCUCCGCUUCCUUCCCUGCGCGUAAUGAAUCAAACUAGACCGAGAUACGAAUGGUUAAAUCUGGAGUAUUCAAGCAUCUUCCACCUGUCCAGGACGGGUCGUGCUGCUUCCUGUUAGUUUAUGCAAAGGUUUAAUGAUGUUCUGCAAAAAUUUGCAUUAAUCAUAUUCCUUUAUAUAUAUUUUUUCUAACAGUUUGUUUGUUUUUCUAACAGGUAUUUUCAUGCCUAUUUGUUCAGAUACACUAUGUAUGGGUGCGUGUUUUGCAUGAAUGAAUGUCGGUACCUCCUGGUGCAGGAAUGUGAGUGCGCUGCCCCCUGCUGGCCGAAAACGGAAAAGAAUCUCAACUCGACAGCAACGGGGCUAAUCUUGAGUUUUCAGCUCUGGGGUGGGCGGGGAGCAGGGAUUCAUCAUUUUAAGUGCCAAAUUAAUUAAUUAAUGUACGACUGUCUCUGUUUAAUCAUGAGGAAGCUGCUGAUGUGUUAACAAGCAACCGCGAGGAACUUUUUCCCCUCUCUUGAUGAUCAUGUUAUUGUAUUUUUAGUAACAUCAAUGCGCCUGCGGGCCUCCUCACUGGAGCCUCUCUGUCUUUGUCGUUUAUUUAGAUGAAAGAUAAAAUACUAAAUGCACUCGAGGGCUCGCGCCUGCGCCCCUCUCCUUCUCAAACCCCGGAAGACCAAGUUAGUUGUCGCUUUUCAUUCACUUGGAUUAAUAAUGCAGGUGUCUGUUUGUUUUUUUUGUGUGUGUUUUUUUUCACCUCUGAUGUUCAUAUUGUAUAUGAGAAUCUGUACAGAAGAUCUAAAACUUUUUUUUUAUCUUCAGAAAUGUAACACUUUUAAUUUUUUUUUUCUUUUUGUUUUUUAACGAAAGACUGAAUAUUUAAAUAUUUUCAGGGAUCUGUGUGAAAGGAGCUGAUGGUUAAAAGGUUGUUUAUUUAAAAGGUCCACUGUGUACAGGAAAAGCUUCCACUUCCCUUUUUGAAAGAUUGUUUCUUGUGGAAACGUCUUCGUUUUCUGCCCAUUUGCUUUGAGAUCCUAAAACGUGUAAGUAGUUUAACUGUGAAUACAAUAUAAAUAUAUAAAUAUAUAUAUAAAUAUAUAUAUAUAUUUUUGUUUCUUGGGAUUUGCUACUUGAACACAGCUCGGAAGUGUGUGUAUCAUAAAGAGGGCGAGCGCUGAGCUGGUCAGCUGGUAGCAGGAUAUUCAGCUUGUGUCAAGCUCCUUCUGUUAUUUUUGGUUUUUUAAAUUUUGUUGUAAAUUCUAUGAAAAGCUCUUUGCAGUGUGGAAAAAAAAAAAAAAAAAAAAGGUGCAGAAACGGCACCGGGAAGAGGACUGAAGUUUCAGCCCGUUUCUCGUGUCUAUUUAUUAUAAGUGUAUGAAAAAGAAAAAAAUAAUGAAUAAAAAGAUUUUGCAUACAUCCAUAAA